CAGUUAAGAGCCUCUGCUCGUGCCAAACGGUUGUGCGCAUCUUUUUGCAUCCCAGUUAACGCAAACAUAAAAACAUCCCAGUUACAACAACAAAGCAGCAGCAGUAACAACAACUACAUCAAAAUCAAAUAAUUUGCAAAUUUUGCCUCUUUUUUUUUGGUGCAACGCGUGUUUUAUUUUUUACUCGCUCUAUAUUCGCGUGUGCCGUUAAUAACUACAUCAAUAAGAUUGACAAUAAAAUUGUUUUAUUUGCUUGCCAACCACAAAUCAAUCGAUAGUUUCGUGUAAUCCCCCUCUUCCCCCUCCCCCACACCACCUUUCUCGUUUCUCGAUCGGUUUCUGGGAAAUUAACGCAGACGCGUAAUUCAAACUCUUUCCGCACUUAAUACAAUUACAAUUACAAUAUUUGAAUAGAGCUACAUAUUUUACUUCGAAUUGUGUCUAUAUAUUUUUUGUUUUUUUUUUGUGUAUUUAAAUUGUUAUUGUUGUUGUUUUUGCUGGCAUCGGUCUUCAACUGUUUGUGUUUGUCUCCAGUUACCAAAGCCGCGCCGUUGUCGACGACAUCUCAGAUAAGCAGUAAAAUAACAGGAGUCGCCACAGUUGAACGUUGCAAGUUGCAAGUUUGUGUGUGUGUCUGUGUUUUUCUGACUUUGCCAUGGAACUGGAAUGCGAUUUGGGUGCCAUACAAAACGAGGAAUUGCUGCGAAAAAUGUGGCAGCAAUCGGAGGAUAGCGAACGCAAGAAGCAAAUCCGAUUGCAUCUUUACAAGUUGCGCGAAUCGCGUCUAAGGAAUCUCUAUAGGCACGAACCGGAUAGCAUAAUGUCCGAACCGAACGGUAAUACUCUGUCUGGCUAUGGCAAGGAUCCGCUGGCCACCAGCCAUGGCGAUGCUCUGCUGGAUCAGAAUUUCCAGAGUCUCAAGUCGAAGGAGGUGCGCGAUUCGAUGAGUCCCACCCAUGAGCUGAAGUUCCAUUCGAUGACACUCACUCAACCGAAUACGACUGGCUGGGAUGUCCAGACAUCUUCGGAGGUGUCGCCCGAUGGCCGAGCCUAUCGCACCGAAACUCUGGCCAAAACCGAUGGUGUUGAGAAGCUCAAUGGUGGCGGAGUCGCUGAGUUUAAAGGUCGCAACGAGCAAGUCUCGAGCGCCUCGCAUCAGGGCGAUGACAAGAACUAUGUGAAACAGGCGGCGGAGAGCUCCAAUACGCAUCUUCAAGAGCGGGUUGUGUUCGGCGAUGAGAAUAGCGGACGGAGCGAAAUGAAAAUGAGCUCCACAACCUCAUCGUCAACAUCCAAAUUUGUGUCGUCCUCCUCGUCGAGCAAGCAGAUUAACGAUGAUGAACCCCGUUAUCUGCUCGACAAUCAGCAAUAUCAACAGCAGCAACAGCAGCAGCAGCAACGGGAUCAUCAAUGGGAACAGCAGCAGCAGCAGCAGCAACGGGAACAUCAGCAGCGGGAGGUGCGUGAGCGUGAGGAACAGCGUGUGCAGGAGCAGCGCUUCCAGGAGCAGCGCCAUCAGCGUGAUCAGCGUGAGCGCGAGGAACGCUACUCGGAAAGUCGGGAACAAUCGAACAGUACCCGCAACGUGGAGACGCAACAGCACUUUGAGGAGAACAAGCGCUAUGUGGACAUGGAUAAGGCAUCACCGGAAUACCAGAGACAUGUGCAGCAUCUAAUGUCACAGCCGGGCGAGAUUAUCUCCAGUACGGUUGAGUAUCCAAAGCCCAAUGUCAAGAUGAUUACUACUGUGAAGCGUUUGCCCGAUGGCACCAUUGUCAAGAACAAGCGUUACGAAACCGAGCAGAUGUCCACUCCAGCAACGGAGUCGGUGCGUCAGACUCAAAACCAAACGCAGCGACGCACUCAAGAUGUGCAUCAUCAACAUCAUCAAACCAACAAGCAGCAUCAGCAGCAGCAUCAGCAACACCACCAGCAGCAGAGUCACCCUCGCAGCGCUGAGCCGCGUGAUGUGGUUGACAAUGCGUCGGAGCCAUUGGUGCAUCGGCCCAGUCAUGCCGAGGAGCUUAUUAAGCAAGAGAGUUAUUCGACGGUGAAGAAAUCAUCGUCCAGUCGUCGCUACUCGACGGAGACCACCUCGGAAACCGUUGAGCAGCAGUACGAGGAGCCGCAACAGUUGCAGCCACUGAAGGCUGCAUCGCCGUCACGUCCGGAUGUUGGCACACAUGGAUUUCCCUCGACGAAAUCAACGAAUCCCGUCCAGGAAUUUCCCAAUCAGCGACCAUUGACGCCCAAGCAGCCGUCAAAUGAUUUCUCCACCCACGGUUUUCCCUCGGUGCGUGGCAAUAAGCCCACCCAGGAGUUUCUUGGCCAGCGGCCAACAACCGAGGAUGAGGAAUACGUGGUGCACAAGUCCCAGACAUCGAGUCGCAAUGUGAAGCAGAGCAGCACCUCGCAGCGUACCAUCGAAACGGAAUUUGUCGAUGAUGAUCAUCAUCAUCAUGCAGCGUUGCCAGUGGCUACGCCCAGCUGGGAGCAACCAGCUAGUCCGCGUCGACCUGCUGUCGAUGAUUACAGUACGCAUGGUUUUCCAUCGGUGCGCGGUACACCGUCGUCUCGGCCACGUCCCGAUCAGCCCGAUGCUGAGAACGUGGUCCAGCACAGCAGCACGACCAGCAGCAGUCGCAAAUCGAAUACGGAGCGGAUCAUUGAGACUCAAGUGGAGCAGGAACCGCAACCGGAACCGGAGCAUGUGCGUCGCCACCAACCGGUGAACGCUCAAGCACCGGCAAGUCCGCGUACGCGUACGCCAGAUUAUGGCACACAGGGUUUCCCAUCGGCACGUUCGCCGACACGCCAUGCGCCACGCUCGCCAUUGGCCAAAUCACCGCAGCGUCGUCCGACCACGAACCGUACACCGGGUCGCACCGGUGGCCCAGCGGAGACAACAACAACAACGACGACAACGGUGACGCGUCGCCAGCUGCAGAAGGAGCGCGAGGUGGAUGCAGCGCAUCGUGCGUUUGCCGCCUCGCUGCGCAGCAGCUCACCGGCGGAGAGUGUCGGCUCGACCGGCUCCCAUUCGCAUAAUCAGCCACGUCGCGACAGCGGCCACACGGAGCCGCAUGGCCAACGGAUGACGCCGCGUUCGAGCGUCUCCUCGAGCCGCACCUAUCGGCGCGAUGGACGCGAGGGCUCCCACGACAGUCAUGCGCCAUCGGAGUCGAGUCGCAUCAGCUCGACGACAGUGACACGUGGCCCUGUGGGCGUGCCCGCUGGCAAGAGUGUGGGUAAAACACACGUUACCAAGCAGCAACAGCAGCAGCAGACUGUUGUGAAGACCCGUAACGUUCAAGGUUCUAACGAAACAAUUGAUCUUAUGCCGCAGCGUUCGCCCAAAUCGCCAGCAGCCGCAACAAAAACGACGACCACAACAACAACAACAACAACGAUUGGCAAUAAGCCAGCAGCAGCAGCAGAAACCCCUACUCCCGUUACGCCGACAACUCCCACAACUCCGACAGGUCCUUCAGGUACUUCAGGUCCGCGCAGUGUUCCAGCUAGUCCCAGCAGCGAGACGCCAACUGUGUCAGAUAACCAAUCACAGUAUACGUAUGCUACUACUAAGCCAGCCGAUAUAUUCUCUUUGCCACCUACUCCUCCAACACCUACUAUUAACAACAACAACAACAACAACAGCAACAAUGCAACAACAACAACUACAAGAACACUAACAACAACCAACAACCAGAACCAGAACCAGAACAAGCAACCAAAAACUGAUGACAACAAUCACGAAUUGAUAACAAAAACAAAGCUGAGCUCAAGUGAAGCAACCACAGGCGCUAUCGCUGCACCCAUCGUUGAAGCACCCUGUGUGCGUCGACACUACUAUCAGCUGGGUCCAUCCGAUACGGAUGUGGCCGCCGCUGACACGCCACCCGCAGAAAGCACAGAACAAGCGGCCAGCAUUGCCAAGGCGGUGACAAGUACUGAAACCGUUGCAGCAGCAACGCCCAAGAGCCGACCACAUGCACCCACCAACAGACCCAUCAGCGAGGCACCUAAUCGCACCCCAUCAAGCAGCCAUAGAAAAUCCAAUCACAGCACCACUGUAAACCCCAACGAUGUCGAUGAGCCAACUCCGGCUAGACGCAGUUCCAAGUCGCCCAGCGUUGAGCGACACCAGCUGCAGCGGGAGACCACAUUUGAGACUCGAUCGGAUCGUGAGUUUGUGUCGGAUGAUGUGACUCACAUCGAUGAUCAAAUAUUCAUCGAUGAGAGCAGCUUGGAGUUCGAGCAGCGUCAGCCGAAAGGCAAUGAUAAGCCCAGGGAAAUGCCACGUCAGAGUCCUGAGAAGAUACCAGCAGCAUAUCCUACGAGACCCAAAGAGUCUCCUCGCCACAGUCCCGAAAAGCAGCUACCCACGAAGCCAAAGGAGUCGCCACGUUCCGGUAGCCCCGAGAAACUGCCGGCAUCUCUACCCAGAGAAUCGCCACGUGCAACUAGCCCCGAAAAGCAGCAGCUGCCAAGGGAAUCAGUUCGUCAGACUCCUGAGAAGCAACAGCCAGCGACAGGUCAUUCAAAACCCAAGGAAUCGCCACGUGCCAGUAGCCCUGAUAAACAGCAACCAGGCACUGUUCGACCAAAGGAGUCGCCACGCUGGAUUCCAGAGAAACAAUUGCCAGCUACAGUUCCCAGGGAUUCGCCACGUCAGACUCCCGAGAACCAGAUGCCAGGGACAGUUCCACAGGAAUCUCCCCGUCGAAGCUCGGAAAAAACAUUACCAUCAUCAGCUCCUAGGGAACUGCUAAGAAACAGUAGUACGCCCGAAAAGCAGAUGCCAGUAGAAUCAAGUCCUGAAAGGGAGCUGCCAAGCUCAACAAAGGAACGUCCUGAGCAGACUUAUCCGAGCAAGCUCAAUGCUAAGCCGCGUCAAAGUCCUGAAAGACAGUUGCCAACUUCGGGUCCGGCAAAGCCAAGGGAUGCGACUUAUCCCAAUUACGAGAAGCCCAGAGAUGCGCCACACGCUAUUCCCGAUAAGCAGCAACCGUCACAGUUCAGAGAGGAUGCGCUCUUUAGGAGCACCGUUACCCAGCGGGUGACAAACACAACGAAGAAUCUUAACGAAGAAUUCAUAACGAACGAAAGUCAGCCCCAACCUCAACCUCAGCCGCACACUCGUAAGCCGGAUGAUCUAAACGAUAAUGAACCGAAAAAUCCAGACAAUCGCUUGCCCAAAACCACAAAGCCCCAAGACAAGGAUAUGAUUGACAGAUCUAGCGAUAAGCCCGUUACUCGAAAGACUCCCGAGACUUCCGAGACACCCGAUGGUAGUUUCAUAUCAAAAAGUCCAGAGCCGGAUGACGAUCAGAAGCCCACAUUCCGCAAGAAGGGCUUGACUCGUCGCGAGACAUUUGAAGAUCGUUGCCGCAAGAUCUUGGGCAUGGAAGAGGAUGGGGAUACACAGGGCAACUACAAGCCCAAAACUCAAAACGAUACCGACGAUGAUGAUGAUGUUGAUGAUGAAACGGAAGAAAGGGAUACAAAUACUUUGGUGAAAGAGACAGAGACCUUUGAGUUUAAGAUCGAGGAUUGCCCUGAUGAUGAUGACGAUGAUAGCGCGCACAAGCGAAUCACCGAAACCUAUAUCACACGCACACAGCCUGUUAUUAAAGUGGAGGAGCCUCUAUCAGAGCCAGAGGGUCAGUUGCCGCAGCGCACCGAGCUGACAGUGGAUGUGACAGAGUCGGAGGAUAUCGAAACCUUCAUCAGCACAGAGAAACCGUUUGACAAAAAGGCGCCCAAGCCUGUUAGAGGCCCAGAAGAUGAGGAUGAGCCACGUCCGACAACUGCUAGAUGGCCAAAGGAUGAGAAAGAGCCCCGUCCGACAAGUGGUACAUUCCCCAAGAACGGGGUAGAGUCACGUCCGACUACUGCUAGAUGGCCAAAGGAUGAAGUAGAGUCAGUAGCACCUGGUAGUUUGCCUAUGGAUGAUGUAGAGCCCCGUCCUGCAACUACUAAACAACCCAAGGAUAACAGACCACAACGACCUGCACCCGUCCAGCAUCCGAAGGACGAUGCAGAGUUUGUUAAUGUUGAAGAAGAGACGACAACAGUCACAACGAAGCGUAUUUCAAAGACGCCUGCCAUGACCAAGUCACCCUCACCAACACGAAAGGGUACUUUACCGUACCCAGAACGUGAGGAGGCACCAAGACCAUCUCCUGCUGGUUGGCGGCCAAAGGAUGAGAAAGAGCCUCGUCCGACAAGUGGUACAUUCCCCAAGAAUGGGGUAGAGUCACGUCCGACUACUGCUAGAUGGCCAAAGGAAGGGGUGGAGCCACAAGCACCUGGUAGUUUGCCUAAGGAUGAUGUAGAGCCACGUCCUGCAACUAGUAAACAGCCCAAGGAUAACAGACCACAACGACCUGCACACGUCCAGCAUCCGAAGGACGAUGCAGAGUUUGUUAAUGUUGAAGAAGAGACGACAACAGUGACUACGCAGCGUACUUCAAAGACGCCUGCCAAGACCAAGUCACCCUCACCGACGCGAAAGGGUACUUUGCCCUACCCGGAAUGUGAGGAGGCACCGCUACCAUCUGCUGCUGGUUGGCGGCCAAUCUAUGAGUUAGAGCCGCGUCCUGUUGACUUUACGGAGACCAUAAAUGUGAAUGAAGAGACAACGAUUCUCAUAAAGCAGCGUCCAUCUAAAUCGCCCUCGCCCACACGCAAAGAGUCUUUGCCUUAUCCCGAGGAUAAGCGAGAGCCUGUUAAGCAAUCGCGUCCCAAGGCUGGUAAGCCAAUGACGGAUGAGCCAUCGCCACGUCCUACAACUGGUAGGCAGCCAAAGGAUGGCAAAGAGCCACACCCUGCAACCGGUAAGCAGCCUAGAGCUCAGGCACCUGCCAAGCAUCCUAAGGACGAUGCGGAGUACAUAACCGAAGAGACAACUGUUGUCAUCACAAAGCAUCCGCCCAAGUCAAUCUCCCCCACGCGCAAAGAACCGGAAACGAAGCAUUUUGUGACCGAAAAGAUCAUCGAUUGCAAUGGCAAAACUGUGACCGAGAAUAUAACCAAGACUCAACGUACAGUUGGAGGCACAAGUGGACCCAAGAAGAAGCAGCCCAUCGAUAGUGAACCAGAGGAAACACAGCCGAAACAGCCCGACACCAAGAAGCCCUCGAUCAGUAAAACCGAAACGGAGCGACGCAAUUCGCGCACCACCAAAAGCAGCACCACCACUACCAGUCACAAGCAGCCGUAUGCCGUCAAAAGUCCACGCAAAGAGUCUUUGCCCAGACGUGAGCCCGCCAAGCGAGACAGCCUGGCGGAUGAAACACGCACCACAACAACAACGACAACAAUGACAACAUCUCGCAACACUACUCAAAAGGAUAGAAAACCCAAGGAGUCAAGCAAUUCACCCAACAUCAAGGACCGUCUGCGCUCAUCGCCGCGCAAACAGAAACCCCAAUCGGAUGAUGUGGAUGGGCAGUCAACCUCGCCGGAUACGAGCCCAACGCGUAUUCCCAGCGAGCGUCGCCGCUCGAGUAAUAUAUCUGUAACGACGGAAAUCAUUAUCGAUCAUAAGACGCCAAAGACGCCAUCACCCAAAACGGAGCGCAGGGUGCCAAUCAGUCCGAUUCGAAAGAUACCGGUAACGGAGCGCAAGGAGUCGGCACCGGUGCCGCGUGUUACGCGCCGUGACAAGGACAAGGUAACGCGCUCCACCAGCGAGAAUGUCAUUAAAGUGGUCAAUGGCAAACCGAAAGCCAUGACACCCGAGAUGAGCACCCUAAAUCCCAGCACGGCACAGCGUCCCACCGAGCGCAAUCGUCCCAGUAAGUGCUUCACCACCAAGACAAUUAAUCUGAGCGAGCAGCUGAUUAACAGUGAGGACAUGGAGAACGUCAUCAUAGAUAUACAACAUGCGAAGAGUUCGCGGGAACCGUCACCCGAUCGCAUUGUGCCCACUCCCGUGCACUCCGCGCUAGAUACGGAUAUGGGCAAGCCACGCUAUCCGGACGUGGUGCAGGAGCCGGACGAUGAGCCGCGCAAGAAGCCGAUAGUAACCAAUAUACCCAUCUUUGAGGAGGAGGCCAAUGCGUAUGUGGGCUGCCAGAUCUCUGAGCUGCGCAAUCCCAAUGGUAUUGAGGCGGACAUUCACGACAAUCCCAUGGUGGAGGCGCCCAGGAGUUUGGAUUACAGCAACAACACGCCCAGCACUAUUCAGCCCGGCAUCGAUGUGGAUGAGUGUCUGCUGAGUGUGCACGAAAAGGUCUCCAAGUUCACACACACCGCCGAGCAGGUGAAGCGGCCCAAAUCCUCGACACCCUUCAGUCGUCAGUUCGAUGAGCAUGCCAAGGUCUCGGCCAGCGAUGAGUGUCUCUUGAGCAUCGAUCAGAAGGUGGAUCGAUUCCUCAAGACCGCCGAGAAUAUUACCAAGCAGCCGCUGGCGACGCCCACACGCGAAAUCGAGCGUCCUCGCUUCGAGGAUAUCGAUGAUGAGUUGCGUCAGGACGAUUGCACAUUGAGCGUCUCGCAGAAGGUGCACAAGUUCAUCGACACCGCCGAGAAGUUGGCACCCACCGCACCACAAAAGUCACCCGGCUUGGUGGCUAGCAUUGAGCGUCAUAUCUCGCGCCAGAGCGAGCCGGAGUUAGAGCAGGAAUCGGAACCGGAACAGCCCUCCGACGUUGAGCCUGAGCAGCCGGAAUCAAACGAUGAACUGCUGCCCAUGACAAAGAACCAUACCACAGCCAUUGAGUUGAAGCGCCAAAAGGACAUACUCAAUCGUCCAUCUGUGUUUGGUCAACGCACACCAACCACAACGCCCAAACAUAUACCCAACGGUGGCAAGCCACGCGGCAGUAGCAGUCCGAGCACCACUCUCAUAGCGGAGGAGCGUAAGUCCAGUCGCAACCAACAGCCGCAACGCAAUGUGCCGUCCAGUUUGAGUCCCAGUCGAGGCUCACCCGUACGUAGCACCGCUGCACCACGCAAGCCCUCGUUGGAACAACCACGUGGUAAGCCAAGUGAUACGGAACGUAUCAGCACCACUACCGGCACCACCAAACGCAGGGAGCACAUAACCCAGCAGCAAUGGGUACUUAGCGAUGUGGAUGUGGAUGUCGAGCAGGUUGGACCAGCGCCCGCCUCUCACAGCGUCAGUCCACAGCCAACGGUGCCCAGCAAACGCACCACAAGCACCACUACUAAGCCAACUACAGGCAGCAGCACUGCACCGCGCAAACCAUCCGUGGAGCAGCCACGUGACAAGCCAACUGGAAAAGAGCCAAGCGACUAUUCUAUUGAAACAGUGACCCGUCGCACCACCAGCACCAAAAAGCGUGGUGAUAUCGAUGUGGAUGUCGAGGAGUUCGAAUCUAGGCCUACACAACGCAAUACCAGUCCACAGUCUUCGGGUAGUCGCACCACAACCAAGACAACCACACGCAGCACCACUGCACCACGCAAACCAUCGGUGGAGCAACCACGUGGCAAGCCAACUGGUAAGGAGCAAAACGACUAUCUAAUGGAGACAGUAACGCGUCGCACCACGACCACCACCACCACCAGUGAUGUUGAAGUGGAUGGUGACGAACCAUUGCCCACCCACAAGAGUGGCAGUCCGCAGCCCAUGUCACCAGGAAGGCGCACUCCCACCGCCACCAAGCCAACCACACGAGGCACCACAGCACCACGCAAGCCCUCACUCGAGCAACCACGCAACAAGUCAGGCGAUUAUCCGAUGGAGAAUGUGACGCGUCGCAUCACCACCACCACCACCACAACCACCAAGCACCAUAGCGAUGUUGAAGUGGAUGGUGACGAACCUUUGCCCACCUACAAAAGUGGGAGUCCGCAGCCCAUGUCUCCAGGCAGACGCACAACCACCACCACCACCACCAAGCCAACCACACGAGGCACCACUGCACUACGCAAGCCCUCAGUCGAGCAACCACGCCACAGGCCGACCAAUAAAGAGCCAAGCGAUAAUCUGACAGAGAAUGUGACACGUCGCACCACCACCAGCACCACUAGCUACGUGGAUGCACCCAGCCGCAGUCCCAGUGGCAGCCCCGAGCCGCACAGACGCAACGCCACCAGCAAGCCCAGCGACUCCACCACCAUCAACACCUCCAAUUCGAAAUCCAUCGUAGUUAAUGAGAGCACUGAGCACAACACCACCAAGCAUACAACAACAAGAACCAAUCAAAUCCAUAGUCCUCAAACUAACACCGACCUUGUCAGCAGCUCCCCUGAAACUGAACCACACGUUGAACCACUUUUAGAGCGCAGCCGUCCAACCACACAGACGACACCCGGACGCACAGUUGCCUCGCGUCGCAACAUCUUCGAACGGCAAUCGCCUAGCCCCAGUCCUAGCCCCAGUCCCAAACCGCAUCCAGCCAGUGAGCCCCACUCCCCAGCUGGACGUCGUCCAUCCUACAUGGAUCACACGAAGAGUUCCCUGGAGCACAUUCGACGGGACUCGCUUGAGUUCAAUAAAACGCACUAUUCACGCAAAUCCUCGAUAGAGGAUGCUGAGAUGCCUGAGCCGCGAAAUCCCAAUGCGGCUGUUAAGUUCGAUGUGCCACGCCGCACCACACGCACCAACGAGACGACGCUGCGCACCACCAGCAUAAGCGAGGACUUUGACAUUGACAUUGAGGCGAUCUUUGAGCUGGCCACACUCGAGCAACUGCUGGAGACGGUCAGCAGCUAUGAGUUGCGCCGUCGCAUUCGCGCCCAAAUCCGUUUGAUCAAAAAGAACAUGAUUAAUGUGAGUGGUAGCCACACCACCAGCACCACCAUCAGGAGCAGUAGCUCCACACCGAGUCGCAGUCCAUUGCCACCAAGACGCGAGCAACCCCAAUCGCAAUCGCCGCGCGAUCGCGAACGCAGUCAGAGUCCACAGCUCAAGGAUGUACGCACCACCACCAGCACCGCCGGCAGCACUGGACAUGGCAAGCCGCCAGUUAAGCCACGCGAGCGUAGCGUCAGUCCAGCACAGACGCGUCGCCGCAGCCCAACCGGUAAAUCCAAUAUAUCCACCUCGACGACAACAACCACGCGCACCACCAGCAGCCCCAGCAGCAAUGGUCAAUCGAUGCCCGAGCGUCGUCCCAGCAAGGGGCCAGGCAAGGCCAGUCCCAUUUGGGCGGAUCGCACCAAGGUUUUGCGUGCCACCGACUCAGUCUCACCCACACCACGCAAGGGCAGCACAACCAGCAGCACUGGCAAGAUGACGCGCAGCAACAAUAUCAACACGAGCACCAACAUCAAUACCAAUAACAGCAGCAGCACCACCACCACCACCACUAGCAGCAGUAGCCGCAGCAGUAGUAACAAGCGACGCGAGGAGGACUCCAUCACAUCCAGCUACGGUGUUGGACCCACCGAUGAGAAUGGGCUGCCCCUCUUUGGCAUUCGGGCGCUUAGGAAGAAGACACAGCCAUCGGCGCCAUGUGAGACAAAGCAAGAGGUCACAGGCUAUGUCAUCGAGGAGCAGUUCUAUUCGGAUGACAAAUCGCCGCCGCGUCACGAACGUAAGGAGCUCAUCUAUUCAAGCAAUCCCGAGGAGCUGGUCUCCCUAUCGCAGCAGCUGGAGCGCAAAUCUCAUCCAGAUUCGAAUAGCACGCUGCAGCGCGAACUAAAACUAAUCGAUGUGGAGGGCGGCAUGCCAGAUGGCAUCGAUGCCAUCGAGCCCAACUACGAGAGCCCCACAUCCACCCGACGUGGUUCGGUUAAGGAAUUGAGCGAGCGUUUCAUACGCAAGGAGUCGUCGGCAUCAGGCAGCUCGCACACUCAGGCACACAGCCAGGCCGACGAGCAGGACGAGACGGAGGACAGCGAAUCGAAUGAUGUGUGCAGCGUCAUUGAAAUGGAGGCACCACAGUUGCGCCACAAAUCGAGCAGCAGCACCACCAGAACCAGCUCCAGUACACGCUCAUUUCUCAAUACCAGCGGCGAGGAGCGACUCGUCAGCGGCGUCGAUGAUGUUCUCGAGCGCAUGCGUAAUGCCGACAAUGUGGUAGAGCCGGGUGACAGCAGUGAGGAUCGUGAGGCACGUGCUCUGCUCAAUAAAUUCCUUGGCGCCAGCGUCAUUAUGCAGGGCGUGGAAAGCAUGUUGCCGGCGGGACAGCGACCGCAACAGCAACAGCCACAGCAGCAACAGCUGCACAGGACCAACAACAACAGCAGCAAUCAAGGGGUGAAAACGACACGCAUUAGCAGCAGCUACAGCAGCAACAGCAGCAACAGCAAUACAGGCAACAUCAGCAGCAGCAGCAACACCACCAGGAAGAUCACAUCCUCAGCACCAGUUACUCGCACAACUUGUGACAUCGAGGAAAUUUGGGACGAGCAGCUACUUAGGCAAUUGUUGGAACAGGCCUCCACAUACGAGGAGCGUCGCAAGAUCCGUGCACGUUUACGCGAACUUAUGGCGGAACGCGAAGAGCUAAAGAAUUUGCAGGCGGGCGGUGCAAAGGCCGCUGCCAAGCAGGUGGAAGCUGAAGAAGAGAGCAGCGCCAGCGAGUAUGAGGAAAUAAUUGAGGAGGUAACCGACGACGACAGCAGCGACGAGGAGCCGCCGCAGCCAGUGGUGAAAAAGGAGGUUAAACAGGACGUGCAAAAGGAAGUGAAAAAGGAAGUGAAACAGGAACUUAAAAAAGAGGCGGAGUCAAAGUCAAGCACUAGCAGCACUAGUAGCACUAGCACCAGCACCACCCAGGUGGAGAAAAAGCUGGCCAAAGUAGAGCUCACCAAACAGGUGGUAACUGGAACAGCAGCUUCAACUCUACCACAAACUCAAGUUGACGGUCAACAGGCACAACACAAGCAACAAAGUUCAACGACCAGUGAACGCACCGAGACCAAGUCAAAAGAUGGCGGCGCCGUUGUCACCACAACAACAACAAAAGUUACCACACGCACGGUGAGUGGCAACGCUGCCACCAAAAACAUUUCUCCGCUGGCCAAAUUCAAGCAGCUCGAUAAGGCAGCUGCCCAGCAGCAGGCUCAAAAAUCAUCUCCAACAACAAGCACACCCACGACCCCCGGCGGUUCAGCGCAACCGUAUUUCAAAUUUACCGAUCCGGCAUUAAAUGCGCGCGCCGCCACUGUCAAGGAUCAACUUCUGCAGUGGUGUCAGCACAAAACGCAGGAAUAUGAGAACGUCCAAAUAAGCAACUUUAGUUCGAGCUGGUCAGACGGCUUGGCCUUUUGUGCCCUGAUACAUCAUUUCUUGCCAGAUGCAUUUGACUACAGUGAACUAACCAAACAAACACGCAGACACAACUUUGAGCUGGCCUUUAGUGUUGCCGACGAGAAAGCUGGCAUAGCGCCAUUGCUGGAUGUGGAAGACAUGGUGGAGAUGAGCCGACCCGACUGGAAGUGCGUCUUUGUUUAUGUGCAGAGCAUCUAUCGCCGUUUUCGCAAUUGCCAGUAAAAAAAAAAAACAAAUAAGCAACUCAACAACAAUGGCGCAACAACAACA